CCGGAACAGCAAUAUCAUGAAGAUCAAGAAGGGAAAUCCCAUUGAGAUCAUCCAUCCGUCCUGCCCGGGAGAGCAAAGCAAUGUCGUCGAGAUCGCCAACGUGUGUGUACGAGGAGCACAUCCGCCGAACAGGGCGUGCGAAGGCUUUUCAGAAGAUGCAGCUAUGUGUUCGCUCAAGCUGCCUGUAUCAAAGACCGAGCUGGCUGUGAAAUCUUCUCGGAGCGCACAGCUACGAUAUGUCGUGCAAGUACACUCGCCCGUCUCCACCCGUGAGUGGACAUGCUGUCAGGCUUGUGAAAGUAUGAUAUGUGAAGUCGUGCAGAGUAUGCAGGGCGAGUGACCACGAUCCAGACAGUUCUCGGAAAGCUCACAGCAUAUCGUGAAAUCAAUGAACAGCUUUCUCCAUAGUGACAUCGAUGUUGCCAGCAGAUACUGCAGGAGGACCAUCACAGGACUCGUAUCAUGCCAACAUGUACACAAUAGCAAGUGCUGCCACAUGGAGAGGUGUGGAAUGUACUCCUCGCUGGCCUUUACGUCUUAUCUUGACGACAUCAAGAUACCAGAACAAGAGCAAUGCCGACCAGGGAGGCGAGCGCAAGUCUAUGCAGCGAAAGCACACAUGCAGCCUUCCGGCCCCCAUCCUCAGUACUCCCAGGCCAACAAGCAUCUCCGGUCAGGUAUCGUCUUGGACGGACAUGUGCAGCCGUCUGAGCCUCUGUCCAGAGAGAUGUGUGCCUCCUCCGGAUGUGAGCUCACCAGCUCUGCUCAGUUGGCAGAACAGCGGCAGAGCAGCGUAAAAAUUCAGUUCUCAUGUAGACCAAUGUGGUAUGCAGGUAGGUUGCAACAUUACCAUCUCCUCUUCUUCGUCUCAUCUCAUCCCAUUUGAGUUAAGGUUAUUGACUGCCUCGACAGUUGCAAACGUGGUCUUGAUUGCAACGCCCUGGUCCCAAUUCCCCUGCGAUCAGCAGACGCUUUCCAGCGCACGUAUGCUGAUCUGGGCAUACACAGUGAGAUUGCUUUCGUGAAAGCACUGGCAAGCUUUUGAUCUCGUCACUCGUGGGUUCGAGGCUGUGGGAGAGCCAAUCGUGCGCCUCGUCUUGCUUGCGGCGCCUCAGUCGUUGCGGGUAUCGUGACCGUCGCGGCUUUCCAUCGCGACCAGGCGCGCCCUCUCCAGCGCUGACAUCGCUCGCAGGAAGGGGCUCAUGGCUGUUCACACAUGUCGCUCGCAGGCUUGAAUAUGUAAGCGCUCGAAUGCUGACAGAGUAUCAGUGGCGUGUCCAGAUCGCAUCGCACUAUGUUGCCGGCGCAUGUCCUGACUGUUGGACAGCCUGCGUACAUGUCGUCGCGUCGACGCAGUCACGUCUGUUCGCGAACGACUGGUACCGGCGGGUCCUCGCUGGCCUUGCAAUACGAUGCGCUCGUUCGCUGCGCUACACAGCGCACACUAUGCUCGUUGUUGAUGUGUACCGCCAGAGGGCAGUCGUGCAUGAAAGGAGCUCGAGGAGAUGGAGUAUUCGAAACUGCUCUUCAGACUCGAGCCGCCGAGUGGCGCUUCAUGGUGUGCGAGCGCUCGGUUUGCGGUUCGAAAUACAGAGAUGUCGGUCGUGUCUCGUGCGCAGUCUGACCAAGCGCAGUCUGACCAAGGGGGACGGUGUUGUCAAGAGCGCCGAAGCUCUAUACUUCCUCGCCGUCACUCUUUUGUCCUGAUGCCAUGCGGAUUGAGUAGUUGGCACAGGCUUUCGAUCAUUGUUCUCUAGUCG